UGAUUGGUGCGGGAGGCGAGGUGGGCGGGGCUCUGAGCCGGAGGUUUUGUUGUGAGGGUCGGUUGUCAAGCAGCGGCCAAUCAGGGCAGGGGAUGGAGGCAAGUGGGGGUCGCGCCUGGAGCAGAGCCUCGGCCUCCGGAGCCGCAGCUGCAGCCCGGUACUGAGCUGAGAUGGCUCAAGCCUAACAUCCCAUGAUCCAGGAUUGUGACAGAUGUGCACAGGCUGCUGUUCUUGCUGCUGUGGGUGAUUUGGAACCACGAGGCAGCCCACAACCAGAAGACGAGGCAUUCUCCCUGCCUGGAUGUGUGGGAACUCUCUGCCAACUUGAUUGGUGGAUCUGGGGGGGAUCCACCCCCACCCCACGAGGAAAGCACAGUUUAUUUUGUGGGUGGGGCUUCAGGUGGCCAGCCAGCUGAAGGAUGGCCACUCCUGUGGUCACCAAGACAGCCUGGAAGUUGCAAGAGAUCGUCGCACAUGCCAGCAAUGUGUCCUCACUGGUGCUGGGCAAAGGCUCCGGGCGGCUGCUGGCUACAGGCGGGGAUGACUGCCGCGUCAACCUGUGGUCCAUCAACAAGCCCAACUGCAUCAUGAGCCUGACGGGCCACACGUCCCCAGUGGAGAGCGUCCGCCUCAACACCCCCGAGGAGCUCAUCGUGGCUGGCUCCCAGUCAGGCUCCAUCCGUGUCUGGGACCUGGAAGCUGCCAAAAUUCUUCGCACACUCAUGGGACACAAAGCCAACAUCUGCAGCCUGGAUUUCCACCCGUAUGGCGAGUUCGUAGCCUCCGGUUCCCAGGACACGAACAUCAAGCUCUGGGACAUCAGGAGGAAAGGCUGUGUCUUCCGAUACAGGGGGCACAGCCAGGCCGUGCGGUGUCUCCGGUUCAGCCCUGAUGGGAAGUGGUUGGCGUCGGCUGCAGAUGACCACACCGUGAAGCUCUGGGAUCUCACUGCCGGCAAGAUGAUGUCUGAGUUCCCUGGUCACACGGGGCCUGUCAACGUGGUCGAGUUUCACCCCAAUGAGUACCUCCUGGCCUCCGGCAGCUCUGACAGGACAAUCCGUUUCUGGGACCUGGAGAAGUUCCAGGUGGUGAGCUGCAUCGAAGGGGAGCCUGGGCCUGUCAGGAGCGUCCUGUUCAACCCCGACGGCUGCUGCCUGUACAGCGGCUGCCAGGACUCGCUGCGUGUCUACGGCUGGGAACCUGAGCGGUGCUUUGAUGUGGUCCUCGUCAACUGGGGCAAGGUGGCCGACCUGGCCAUCUGCAAUGACCAGUUGAUAGGUGUGGCCUUCUCCCAGAGCAACGUCUCCUCCUACGUGGUGGAUCUGACACGUGUCACCAGGACUGGCACGGUGACCCGGGACCCUGUGCAGGACCACCGACCCCUGGCACAGCCACCACCCAACCCCAGUGCCCCACUCCGGCGCAUCUACGAGCGGCCCAGCACAACCUGCAGCAAGCCUCAGAGGGUGAAGCAGAACUCAGAGAGCGAGCGCCGCAGCCCCAGCAGUGAGGAUGACCGGGACGAGCGCGAGUCCCGCGCGGAGAUCCAGAACGCCGAGGACUACAACGAGAUCUUUCAGCCCAAGAACAGCAUCAGCCGGACACCACCCCGGAGAAGUGAACCCUUCCCUGCACCCCCAGAGGACGGUGAGUUGGAUGCAGCCACAGCAAAGGAGGCAGCAAAGCCCAGCUCUGCCAUGGAUGUGCAGUUCCCAGUGCCAAACCCGGAGGUCCUGCCCCGGCCCCCGGUGGUUGCUUCCACACCUGCACCCAAGGCUGAGCCUGCCAUCAUCCCUGCCACCCGGAAUGAGCCCAUCGGGCUGAAGGCCUCCGACUUCCUGCCCGCCGUGAAGAUCCCCCAGCAGGCUGAGCUGGUGGACGAGGAUGCCAUGUCACAGAUCCGCAAAGGCCACGACACCAUGUGUGUGGUGCUCACCAGCCGCCACAAGAACCUGGACACCGUGCGGGCUGUGUGGACCACGGGCGACAUCAAGACGUCGGUGGACUCCGCUGUGGCCAUCAACGACCUGUCGGUGGUGGUGGACCUCCUGAACAUCGUCAACCAGAAAGCCUCCCUGUGGAAGCUGGACCUGUGCACCACGGUCCUGCCACAGAUCGAGAAGCUUCUGCAAAGCAAGUAUGAGAGCUACGUCCAGACGGGCUGCACCUCCCUGAAGCUGAUCCUGCAGCGGUUUCUGCCCCUCAUCACGGACAUGCUGGCGGCCCCGCCCUCCGUGGGUGUGGAUAUCAGUAGGGAGGAGAGGCUGCACAAGUGCCGACUCUGCUACAAGCAGCUCAAGAGCAUCAGCGGCCUGGUCAAGAGCAAGUCGGGCCUGAGCGGCCGCCACGGCAGUACUUUCCGCGAGCUGCACCUGCUCAUGGCCAGUCUGGACUGAGGAACGCAGUGGGCAGGGGCGCUUGGCUGCCCUCAGGGCCUGGCCUCAGCCCCCAUUCCUGUUCCUUGUGUGCCUAGUGGCCCAUGAGCCUCUGCCUGGCCCCUGCCACUGUCCUGUGGCCGUCCUGGAGGAGGUGACGCUGGUCCCUGGCCACCUCUACAGCCCUGAACUCUGAGACAACUCUCUCCAGCAAUAGCUGCCCAGCUUUGCCCAACCGUUGCUUCUUGGGGCAGCGAACUGAGCCCUGGGGCUGCUGCUGUAAUUUAUAAGGCAAAUUUUAUUAAAUUUGUAACUAUUCCCAGG